AUGCUCAGCUCGUACUACCUGGCAGAAAAGCACGUGGGCCACUGGUUCGCUCGCGUAUUCAGCGACUGCCUCAAGGGAAAGCAUGAAGACGAUGAAGAAUCGUACGUGGAGUGGGUCUCCUGCGUGAACAAGAAGGUCGCUAGCGGGAUCGCGCUGACUCCAGUGCCUCCUAUCGGCAUUUCGCCCGUUCACCUGCAGCCUUGCACCCCCGCACUGGUAUUCAACAACAACAGGGCUGGCACUCCAUGUCCAGAGAAGGACGUCCUGGACGCAGCGCUUUGGACCGAAACCAAUCGGCUGGUCAACGCUGCGGCGGCUUGGCAGAUUCGCCGCGUCAUGCCCAUUGAAGCUGCUGCGUUGGAUGAGGCUGCAUUGGCCAAGAUGACUUCGCCGGAGCUUGCUCGGCGCUUCAAGAUCUUCCCGAUCCUCAUGGUGCUGCGUGGAGACAACGAGAUGCUACGCCAGCUUCCACUUGAACUCUUGUCGUCCGAAGCCUUUGCGGGGCUUACGCUACUUGAACGACGCGCCAUCCAUAACGUGCUUGCGGAGCGGCCAAUCGGAUGGACUAAGGCUCAACGUUCGCUUUACGCUGAUCGAGAACGCGAACUAGUUGCUGCUGCUACGGAACAUCCAAGUGGGACAUCCUACGAGGCGCUGUACUCGAAUGUCCACCUGUCAAUUGCGUACUCGGCGUAUGCCCAAGAACCGCGUGGGUGGCACAAUGAGAUGUGA